AUGGCGAUGAUUUUUGCGGUUUUCACGACGAUGAGGAUGACACGGAAUUUCAUGAAGAGAGGCCAUCAAAGUCUGUAUGGGGUACAGGCAGCUAUUUCUGCUGUAACAGGCAAGGUAAUCGAUUACGAAAUCGAAAGUCGUUUCUGCAAGAAUUGCCAGUCGCAUAGUUCUUGGGACAGGGGAAGUGAGAAUUAUAGGGAAUGGAAGGCCUCUCAUGUUGAGAAUUGCAGCUUGACCUACACCGGUUCUUCUAACAGCAUGGAGACCCAUGGUGCUGUCAUCAUGUGGUGUUGCUCUCUGGAACAUUAUAAGCUGCGCUAUACCACAUUCAUUGGGGAUGGCGAUAGCUCUGCGUAUCGAUCUGUUGUUGCUGCAAACCCGUAUGGUGAUGACGUUACAAUCACAAAGUCGGAUUGCAUCGGUCACGUGCAGAAGAGGAUGGGAACUCAACUGAGGAGGCUCUGGACUGAGCACAAAGACCUUGCUAUUCCCUUGCCAUCUGGGACUGUGAGGAAGGGCAUCAAAGGACAGUGCAGACUAACAGCUGACUUGAUCAACAAAUUACAGAACUACUAUGGUAUGGCCAUUCGAAGCAAUCUUGGAAACAAGUACAAAAUGGUUUCUGCCAUCGCUGCUAUCUUUGGGCAUCAUUCUAAUGACCACACCUUUUGCCCACCUGGAGAUGACUCUUGGUGCAAGUAUUUGAGGAGAGACCCAACAUACAAGGACAAGGACAUCCAAAAGAAGUCCUUGAGCUGAUGGAGCCUGUAUUUCUUCGUCUGAGUGACGAUGAUCUCCUG